UGAAGAAAUUGAAGAAAUAAGAGAAAUUGAUACGUCUGAGUUUAUUACAUUUUUAGAAGAAGUUAAAUCUGACUAUCAAAAUGCAGAUCAAACGCUACAAAUUGCAUUAGACAAAAAAGUAUCUGAAAUGUAG